UGCCCCUAUGAUAUGUUCUAAUACUGUCUACCCUGUACUCCUUUAUAGUGCAAUUUAAAUGAAACAGAUAUUUUUGAACUUGUCUGUUUAAUGUUUCUCUUCUCAACUAGUCUUUAAGGGCUGUGAAGGCAUGGACCUUUUGUUGUCUUAUUCACCAUGUGUCUGGAUGGCUAAGUUAUUUAACCUUACCCAAGCCUUGGGUCCUCAGUUGUAAAACUCAAAUGAUGAUGAUAACAGUACUUACUGUCCUCAAAGGGGUUUUGUGCAGAUUAAGUGCAACUGGGGUUGUAAUGAAGUUAGCAGCAUGCAGGGUACGUUGUAGUAAUUACUCAGGUGUAAUGGGAUCUGUGAAUCUGAACAUCAGACCAGAGAUCUGGAAAAGAAAUAAAGAUUUUGGAAAUCACUCAUGAAUAUAUAGAUAGGUGGUAACUAAAGUCGUCCAUACAGGUAAAAUGGAUCAGGUAAGCAAACAUAGGCUGAAAAGACAAUCCAAGGGUACUGAGGGUUAGAAGGCUGGUGGGAAAGGAGUCAGAGAAGGAGUCAGAAAGAGCCUCUGAAAAAGUGGGUAGAGAACCAAAAAGGAGGAGAGUGGAGUAGCUAGGUAAGGAGAAGGUACAAGAAGAAAGAAGGAGCCAAAGAGGUCAGAUAAGACAGGGCCUCAAAAAUAGCUACAGGAUUGUCUUUUCCAAGCAGGAAGUUUUCCAAUCAUUUCUCAAUCAUAAUUCAGAAUAACUUUAAAGAGUGGAAUAACUGGAUCCUGUAUUUGACUUUCCAAAGUCCUAGCUUUGGCUUCCAUCAGCUCUGAAAAUCAGUAGACUCUGGUGAAUAUUACUUGAGAGCAGGAAGCAGCACUGUCUAGUGGCAAGAGUGCCGGGGCUGUAGGUUCCUGUGUGAUUGCACAUAGAGCUCUAGCCACCAUGUACCGAGUCCUUCCCUGCACUCUUACAAGACUUCAUCUUACUCUUCACAGGUACACGUUGACCCCCGCUGGAGACAGCCCAUGUGCUCGGGUUGGCCACAGCUGCUCGUAUUUACCCCCCGUUGGUGAUGCCAAGAGAGGGAAGGUCUUCAUUGUUGGGGGAGCAGAUCCAAACAGGAGCUUCUCCGAUGUGCACACCAUGGACCUGGAAACACACCAGUGGGACUUAGCCACCUCGGAGGGCCUCUUGCCCCGGUAUGAGCAUGCCAGCUUCGUUCCCUCUUGCACACCUCACAGCAUCUGGGUGUUUGGAGGUGCCAACCAGUCAGGAAAUCGAAAUUGCCUACAAGUUCUGAAUCCUGAAACCAGGACUUGGACCACGCCAGAGGUGACCACCCCGCCACCAUCCCCACGAACAUUCCACACAUCAUCGGCAGCCAUUGGAAACCAGCUGUAUGUCUUUGGGGGCGGAGAGAGAGGCACCCAGCCCGUGCAGGAUGUGAAGCUUCAUGUGUUUGACGCAAACACUCUGACCUGGUCACAGCCAGAGACACUUGGAAAACCUCCAUCCCCCCGGCAUGGUCAUGUGAUGGUGGCAGCAGGGACAAAGCUCUUCAUCCAUGGAGGCUUGGCCGGGGACAGAUUCUAUGACGAUCUUCAUUGCAUUGAUAUAAGUGACAUGAAGUGGCAGAAACUAAGUCCCACUGGGGCAGCUCCCACAGGCUGUGCUGCCCACUCAGCUGUGGCUGUGGGGAAACACCUGUAUGUCUUCGGAGGGAUGACUCCUACAGGAGCACUGGACACAAUGUACCAAUAUCACACAGAGAAGCAGCAUUGGACCUUACUUAAAUUUGAUACUUCUCUACCCCGUGGACGAUUGGACCAUUGCAUGUGUGUCAUUCCAUGGCCAGUGACGUGCACUUCUGAGGAAGAUCCAAAUCCUGUCACUCUGAACUGUGAUGCUGAGAAAGGGAACUCCGCUGACAAAGGAGUGACCCAAGAUGGUGACUCACAUGAGGAAAGUCAGACUGACUCGCUGCUCUGUUUUGUGUUUGGUGGGAUGAAUACCGAAGGGGAAAUCUAUGAUGAUUGUAUUGUGACUGUGGUUGACUAAUAAAACCCACCAUUUUUGAUA